GGUAUCUUGUGUAGCAAGCACUCAAGAACAAAUCUACACAAAAGUCAAGCCUGGUCAAGAGCCUGUGAAGAGCUUUCAGCUGGCUGAGAGUGAGAUCAAGGCCUGAAGACUUUUGCCUUUUAUAGCUGGAGAAUGGAGCCUGGACAAAGUAAACAAGGUGAAGGAAUGUACGCUAUGAACAGUGCUCUGCGUGGUGAAUAGAGGACGGACUAUAAUUCAAGACUCGUCUUGCUGGGAAAAGGCUAGGGUGUAACAGGAAUGCCAAAAGAAGCGUAAGGAAUGAGGUAAGGGCUGUUUAGACCUCUUCAGUGUUGUGAUUGGAGGAUUCAAGUCAACAUGCUCCUCCUAAAACCACAAAGAGCGACUUCCAGUGGCCGUCAGACAAAGCUUCACCUACUAUUGACAUCAAAACAGACUCUUCAGGACACAUGAUCUCUCUCUUUCUCUCAGCACACACCCUUCAAAACCAACAUCUGUUCCUGAACUGGGAGGAGUGGAUGCAUCAAGGACAGAUCUGGAGACAGCAGGAUGUGAACGCUCUCUCACAGCUGGAGCCCAAAGAGCUGGAUUUGUUUUCCACAUCAUCCCUGUUUCUGUGGUUAGUCUGUCAGGAUGGGCUAAAAACAAUUGCUAGCACCUGAGCAACUCACACCUGGACCCUUCAUAGUCUCACCUGCACACAGGUGGUGAGACUCGACACCAUGCAGGGACCUCGGAGGAAGGUGAAGGUCAUGGCAAUGAUGACGAUGGUGUUUCUUUUCAUAGUGGUGGAGGUCUCUCGCAAUGCUGGGAAGGGCAGCAGCAGUAAAAACAAGUCACUGGUUCCCGUAAAGCGUUUCUGGGCGAAAGAUCUUCCCAGCGACGCCUAUUGGAAUCGGCAGCAGCAGCAGCUUAACUACAUCAACAACCGCAACCUAGAAAAGCUCAACUACACGAUUGAUAACCUUCCAGACUGGCUAAACGACACCGUCAGCCUGGACUCUUGUGACCCAGACUACAGAGUGACCACCCAAGUGAAGGAUUACAACUCUUUACCUGAUCGAUUCAAGGACUUCCUGCUUAACAUGCGCUGCAGGUCCUAUCCCAUAGUCAUGGACCAACCAAACAUAUGCAAAAAACAACCGUUCCUUCUCUUAGCUAUUAAAUCUUUAGUCCCACACUUUGAUCGACGUCAAGCCAUCCGCGAGUCUUGGGGCAAAGUUGGCCGCAUUGCGAACAGAUCCGUCGUUACGGUGUUUCUUCUGGGAAAUGCAGCCACCGAGGACCACUUUCCUGAUCUCUCAAAGAUGCUCCAUCACGAGAGCUCCAUUCACAGAGAUAUCCUUCAAUGGGACUACAGGGACACCUUCUUCAACCUCACCAUCAAGGAGGUGCUUUUCCUGGAAUGGCUGAGCACUCGCUGUGCCGGGGCCAAUUUCAUCUUCAAGGGUGAUGACGAUGUUUUUGUUAACACCAUCCACAUCAUAGACUUCCUAACUAAUCUUUCUAAUUCCAAAGCAAGGGAGCUGUUUGUGGGGGAUGUGAUUACUAACGCUGGGCCACACAGGGACAAAAAGGUGAAGUAUUUUAUACCCGAGAGCAUGUUUGUUGGAAUGUACCCUGCAUACGCUGGCGGAGGAGGUUAUUUGUUUUCGGGACAGCUGGCGCAGAGACUUCACAACAUCUCGAAGUUGGUGCCCCUCUACCCCAUUGAUGAUGUCUACACGGGUAUGUGCCUUAUGAAAAUGGGCCUCGCGCCUGAAAAGCACAAAGGCUUCAGGACGUUUGAUAUCGAGGAGAAAUAUCGUGAUAACGCCUGUGCCUAUAAGAGCUUGAUGCUGGUCCAUCCCAGAAGUCCUCAGCAUAUGAUCAAAAUAUGGGCCUGGCUGAAUGACCCAGCCUUGAACUGUCAGUGAACAGCUGCUGCUCAUAGGUUUUACAGAUUAAACAAAACUCAUGGGCGUCACAUAUUAAAAUGGGGUUUUGGAACAUUUUCAGUUCCAGUGAUUUUAGCAUGUGACGCUCAUGUGGUUUUUCUGCAAGGGAUUGGCUACUUUAAAGGCAUAGUCCACCUAAAUAUCACAAUUCUGUCACUGUUUAUUCACUCUCAUGUCAUUCCAGAACUUUGGGAUUAAACUCUUUUUAUGGACCAAAUUUAUUAUUAUUAUUAUUA